AUGGACGUGACGAAAGCUCCAUCAGCUCUAAUGCAUACGCCAUCUUCAGCGUCUACUAGCUGUCGAAGCCCAAGUAAUUUUCAGUGGGCUGCACGCGAGGACAGUAGCAACAGUCAGAAUAUAUCCCCUGUGACAGACGUCCGUGCACACAGCCCAACUGGGUGUCCUCCUUCUCACCCUACCUCAUCCGUCAAAUCAGUGGCAUUUUCAUCAUCGGCACCCACUCAGUUGUUUGCGAGCCCGCAAACACCAGACACUGGCACUGGAUGUCGAUACCGUCAGGAUCUCCCAUCUCCGGCGCGCACAGAUCCAUCGCCCCAGAAGGAGCCCUGGGCGGACGACUAUGUUUCUCGGCUUCUACGUCGAGUGCGACACCAUCCGAAUCACGGGCACCGCGCCAACACCAGCCCCGUUAUGGCCGAUUUCCUCGCGAGUUUGGGUUUUGGAGGCGCGCAAACAACAACAGUGUCAAAUAAUUCGCAAUGCGAUUCGGUUGAGCAGCUACAGAACCAGCUGCGAGGUAUCCUAGAUGCCAAGGUGACAUCGACACGAGCCGAACAUGUUGCAAUUACUACAGAGUUGAGGGCCACGGUCCGGUUUCAAUUGACUGUGUCAGAGCUGGAGAACGGAGCCCAUAAUAAUCCAAAUAAUCUUAAUACCUCGAUGGAAGGAGUGCAAUCAACAGGAGUGAAUGGUGAUCAAGAUGCGGGGCAGCCACCGCGCGUUGUUUUCGCGAACGACACGAUCAUGAAUCAGCCCCAAGACGAUCCAGCACUUCAAAGGUCAGUCGCCAACCAUAUUAUUUCAACAAUCAGUUCAGCAGACAGAAGUAUUUGGAUCGUCCAAGUGGUGUCUAGAGGAGCACAAGGAUGGACCUUAACGUACUUGUGUAAGGAUUCAUUCCAGCAUUGGAGUCGACAAACCGCCAAAAAUCCAUCGAAGACAAUAGUAGGCGAGUUCAGUCAGAGAGAGCCCGACCCGACUCUGCACAGUAAGUUGAUUUCCAAGCCGCAUUCAUUUUCGAAAGCUCAUCAUGAAAUAGCACGACCUGCGUUUGACUGUCGAGGAUCCAUCGUUAUUGCCUUCAACCGUAGCACUCGUUCCAUCACGAUCAAAUAUGACCAUACGCCUCUACAUAAAACAGUCGCCGAACUUGCUGCGUAUUUUAAGCCGCCACCGCGCCAACUAGGCCCAGGUGCACAGAAACUACAAGAACAGCAACAAAAGGCCAAAGAAAAGACACCAAAGAAGCCCAGAGGAGAGAAGAAGGACAGGAAGGAGCGAAAGAAGCGGGAUUCGGUCAAGGCGCAGCACGAGAAUGGAAACCCCCGAAAGCGGAAAAAGAAGAACAAUGACGCAUCUCAGUCCGAAACAACUGAUGGCCCCAUAAUCCCCCCGGAUUAUCCUGGAGCGCCAGCGGUCAAUGGGCAAACAAACUUGGCCUACAUAAACGGCGGACAAGCGCCGGACGAAAAUGGACAGCAAGACUUCAAUGACUACCCCCAGGAAUUGAUGGGAGAUGCGCCAGGAGCUACAAACGGAACUGGAUCUCAACAAACAGGCGGCCAACCUGGCUCCGUCACUUUCCCGGUAAACGUUUCAGCAGCCGAAGCAACACGCCGGCGGGAGGCAGCAACGGCAAUGCUCAGCAAUGCCGGUGUAGAUCCCACGACUUUGUCACCUGAGCAAUUCGGGAUCUUCUCUAAUCAAGCACCCGAACUGCAGCGGGAGUCAUUGAACAUGCUUGUUAAGUACGGCGCGGAGCGCCUCCGGAUUGUCCAUCCCGGCAACCGGGAGGGCUCAGCUCAGGCAAGCGCUUCUACUGCGCAAAGCACCCAAAGUUCAAACGGACCUAGGACCAUCAAAGAACUAGUGCCACAGUCUGGCGCCCAGGGCAGCCCAAACACAGAUUCUGAGGCACAAGCUGUGUCUCAGACCCCCGAUGAUACCUCGUCCCCUAAGCGAAAAGCGAGGAAGACGGGCAAGUUGAGAACAGCUUGCUGCCCGUGUAAAGGACGAAAGACCAAGUGUCCAAGGGAGAGACCAACUUGCACUGAAUGUUCAAAUCAUGGGACUGCAUGUGAGUAUGCACCUCAGAAACCACAAAACAAAGGAAAGAAGACCAAAAAGUCGGAGGAAAUUGUCAUUGACGACGAUGACGACGAAGAAGAAGAAGAAGAGGAAGAGGAAGAAGUAGAGCAACAUCAAGAGCGUCAGGAAGUUGCUGAAGACGCCGAAGACGCUGAAGCAGAAGGUGACGAGGAAGAGGAUGACGACGAUCAGCAAACUGCUUCUCAAGAUUACUCGUAUCCACAGAUGAACAUCGGAAACAUGGUCACUAGCACAGACACGACCACCCACGCUGCACAGAACAGUUAUUAUCAAUCAACUUCAAGCUUAGCCAUGCCACAGGCUAAUUCUUACCCAAACAACUUACAACCGUUGACUACGGCAGCUUCGCAGCGAGAUAACUAUUCUCACGCUCUGCCUGAAGUAACACAACCAGUCCAUCACCCGCCACCUCCCAUUCCAGCACCAGCUGGAACUAUUGCCCCCUCUGAGACAAGACGCUGGACCGCUUUUGGCAGCGAUGCAAGUGAUAGCGGCAAGGCAAGACAAAGUCUUCCAUUCGAGCCUCCUCACCCAAACAUACAGAGUGCGUCCACCACAUACUCGCAGCCAUCGGACUGGGGGCAAAGCCCUAACACGACGAUGUCUGCAAUGCCUGCGACGACCAUGGCAACUGUCUCGCCACAAAUAUCAUAUGAUACACGACACAGUCAGAGAAGCCGACAGAAGAACAAGAGCCUGUCGAACGAUUCAGCUCAACAAGUAGCAGCAAUGGCCAGUACAGCCAUGCAACAGGCCCAGGUCCAGGCUCAUGUUCAGGCUCAAGCACGCCAGUCACCAGUUGCAGCAGCAGCCAUGAUGGCACAGGCCCGCAAGUCUCCAUACCAGCAGGUUGCGGUCCCUCGCACGACUUCUAGAACGGGUCAGCGAAACCAUUCCAGAACACCGGUCACAGAUCAGGCAAGGGGCUACCAGCCUCCUCCUGUUGACAUGAGUCAACAGCGAACCGCAGGACCAAGUGCUCACUACGAUACAUCAUCACACAUGCCCAGCGGCUCUGGCUAUAAUGACUAUGGGCGAUACAGCGAAACCAAUACUGCGGCAGGCCACCAGGCAGCUAUGUCGGCAGCUUCGGCAACACCGACCACUAUGGGCACAUCUUAUCAAAGCAAGCCUUCGACUGCAAACCAGUGGUCUGGUUCAUCGAGCCGGAAUGAUCGUUCAUACAGUACCAACUCUUCGUACCAAACACCAAACGUCUAUGCGCAGACAUCAGCUGCCAAGCCGGCAUCAACCUCUGGCCAGAACUUUAAGAUGCGUCCGGGUACACAGCAACAGCUGCCGCCGCAACAACAGCCGCAGCAUGCUCAUGGCAGGAGCAACUCUUACAGCCAGCAGCAACAAGCAAAUUAUCCAGCAUAUUCGGGAUCGACACAUCAGAAUCAACAAGGUCAAACAUCCAACCAGCAGCAGCAGCAACCACCGAGCUGGUACUUCCAAAACUCGCACAACCCCUGCAUGCAUGCCGGGGGUCAAUCAUCUGGUUAUAAUUAUGAGCCAUGGUCAGGCGUUUAA